GAAAGCCCCCAGGUGAGAUCAGGCUCAAUGCUGCUUCAUCAGCCUGAACCCGCUGGUAUGCUGGACUUCGCUAAAUACCUGGCACGCCGCGAGCUUGUCACCACGGGUCUCACACAUUUCGACGACCGCCCAGAGAGUUUCAGGGCGUGGAGGUCAGCGUUCCUCGGUGCCAUCGAGGGCCUAGACCUCACAGCCAGUGAGGAAAUUGAUUUACUCACGAAAUGGCUAGGAAAAGAAUCAUCCGACCACGUGAGAAGACUACGGUCAGUUCAUGUGAAUGACCCAAGUGCAGCACUAAAAAUGGCCUGGCAAAGGUUAGUUGAGUGUCACGGCGCCCCAGAGAUUAUCGAAAAGGCUCUGUUCCAGAAACUGGACUGCUUUCCUAAAAUCUCAAAUAGAGAUCACGUCAAGUUAAGAGAACUUGGAGACCUUCUAAUGGAACUGAACGCAGCUAAAGAAGAUGGACACUUACCUGGCCUAGCAUACCUAGACACCGCCAGAGGCAUCAGGCCCAUAGUGGAGAAGCUGCCCCACAGCCUGCAAGAAAGGUGGAUGUCUCACGGCACGAGAUACAAAGAGGAGAACCAUAGCUGCUUCCCUCCAUUCUGGUAUUUCACCAGAAUGGAAAUUUCAUUUGUCUGCUAUGAAGCAAAGGCCAGAAACGACCCCAGCUUUGCCAUCUCCAGCAGCAACUCUGUUCCACCAGAAAAAAAUGAGAACUUCACAUCUAAAUUCAACAAUCGAAGAAGUCCCAUCUCUGUCCACAAAACAGACAUUUCCUCCGAAGCCCCCUCCCACACAAGUUCGGCGGUCAAUGACAAAGACCCAGGUAAAGACUGUCCCAUCCACAGUGCACCCCACCCAUUGAGAAAAUGCCGCGGCUUCAGGAUGAAGACGCUGGAGGAGCGUAAAGCUUACCUGAGGGACCGCGGCAUCUGCUUCAGGUGCUGUACAUCUUACACUCACCUAGCACGCGAUUGCAAAGCCCUAGUAAAGUGUACAGAGUGUGGCAGUGAAGGCCACAGCACCGCUCUCCAUCCAGGUCCGCCACCCUGGGCCUCACAGGUCCCCAGCCCUUUUUCUAGGCAUGGCGGGGAGGAAGAGGAACCCUCAUCCUCAACGCCUUCCGUGAGUAAUGCAUGUACUGAAGUCUGUGGUAAAGGCCUCACAGCUAGGUCCUGUUCCAAGGUCUGCUUAGUUCAAGUUUAUCCAAAUGGUAAAUGUCAGAAGGCAGUUAAGAUGUAUGCAAUGCUCGAUGACCAGAGUAACAGGUCAUUAGCAAGGUCAGAGUUUUUCGAGCACUUUCACAUCAACAGUGACGCAUCUCCUUACUCAUUGAAAACCUGUGCUGGCGUUAUUGAUACUGCUGGAAGGAGAGCUGAUGGUUAUCAGAUAGAGCCUGUAAAUGGGUGUUAGUCUGACACUCCCGACACUGAUUGAGUGCAAUGAAAUACCAGAUAAUAGGUCUGAGAUACCUACACCAGAGGCAGCUCGACACCAUCCACACCUGAAGCCUACCGCCUCCGAGAUACCAGAACUGGACGAAAGCGCACACAUCCUCCUGCUGCUGGGCCGCGACUUCCUGAGGGUGCACAAGGUGAGGGAACAGAUUAAUGGUCCUCAUGACUCACCAUUUGCCCUCAAGCUGGACUUAGGGUGGGUCCUGAUAGGUGACGUGUGUUUAGGAAACUCUCACAAACCAAGUGUGCAGAGCUUCAAGACAAACAUACUAGAUAAUGGCAGACCUUCACUGUUUACACCAUGCCGAAGCCAUGUCUUUCUCAGAGAAGCUGAACAUCAAAGACGAACAUGGGACGCAUUAUGUCUUCGAAAGCAGCUCAACAUGCAGAGCAGACGAAGAUCCUAUCGAUCACUCAGUGUUUAAGCGCACGAAGAACGAGAACAAGCUUGCUCUUUCUAUAGAGGAUGAGGUCUUCUUGGAAAUCAUGGACAAAGAGAUCUUCCAAGAUAAAAACAACAGCUGGGUUGCCCCGCUUCCCUUCAGACGCCCAAGGCCUCCACUCCCUAAUAAUAGAGAGUGUGUCUUCUCCGAUGCCUCCACCAAAGCGAUUGGUGCAGUAGCAUACCUCAGAACCAUCACUGAAGAUGGACAGUAUGAUGUUGGCUUUAUCCUGGGAAAGGCAUAGCUGACGCCUCAAGAUGAACCUACUAUACCCAGACUUGAACUUUGCGCAGCUGUGUUAGCCAUGGAGAUGUCUGACCUCAUCCUGGACGAAAUUGAUACCAAGCCAGAUGCAGUGACGUUCUACUGCGACAGUAAGGUUGUACUUGGUUAUAUCUACAACGAGCGCAAACGCUUUUAUGUGUAUGUACACAACCGAGUCCAGAGAAUCAGACAGUCAACAAGGCCAGAACAUUGGAAGUACGUGCCCACAGAGCUCAAUCCAGCUGACCAUGCCUCUAGGUCUGUAGUUGCCUCCCAUCUCCAAAACACUACUUGGCUCACAGGGCCAGGCUUUCUCUACAAACCUCCGGAAAGUCAACCUACAACGCAAGGCUCCUUUGAACUGAUAAGCCCAGAGUCCGAUGUAGAGAUUCGUCCUCAACCUCAAGUCACCAUUGCUGCCACCAGCGUACAAGGGAAACAACUUACCUCAGAGCGCUUUGAACGGUUCUCUACAUGGAACUCUCUGCUAAAGGCAAUAGCAUUUCUUAUCCAUGAGGCCCGUUCCUUCAAGUCAACCUCAGCCAGUCAGACAAGCAACUGCGCCGGCUGGCACCGGUGUCAACGAUCUGACCAUCUGGAUGAAUUAUCCCAAGCGAAGAUAGUCGUCCUCCUUACGGUCCAAAGGUCAGCCUUCUCUGAGCAGUAUAACGCUCUCAAGGAGAAAAGAGUCAUUGCCAAGAAUAGCACCCUAGCCAAGUUGAACCCCACCUUGGACAAGAAUAGACUACUCAGAGUCGGUGGCCGUUUGACACAUGCGCAGUUAGACAACGAAGAAAGGAAUCCCAUCAUCUUACCUGGCCGGCAUCACAUCUCCACCUUGGUGAUUCGCCACUACCAUGAUCAGGUAAAGCACCAAGGCCGCCUCUUUACUGAGGGAGCCGUACGCACGGCAGGAUUCUGGCUAGUCGGUGGUAAGAGAUGCAUCAGCAGUGUUGUACACAAAUGUCUCACAUGCAGGAGGCUGCGUGGAACAACAGAAAACCAGAAGAUGGCCGACCUACCAGAAGAACGACUGAGUACAUCUCCACCAUUCACGCAUGUCGGUCUGGACGUGUUUGGUCCCUUCACAGUCGCAGCACGCCGCACACGAGGAGGGCAUGUUCACAACAAACGUUGGGCUGUGCUUUUUACCUGCAUGAGCACCCGUGCGGUGCACAUAGAAGUUAUCGAAUCAAUGGACACUUCAAGCUGCAUUAACGCCCUGCGAAGGUUCUUUGCCAUUCGUGGUCCUGCGAAACAGCUACGCUCUGACUGUGGAACGAACUUCGUAGGAGCAAGCAAGGAACUUGAAUUCCUCGAGACAGCAAAGGAGCCCAAUGUACAGAAAUACCUCAGCAACCACUCUUGUACAUGGGAAUUCAAUCCACCCCACGCGUCCCACAUGGGAGGAGCCUGGGAGCGGAUGAUCGGAGUUGUGAGAAGGAUACUGGACUCUAUGUUGAUGCAAGUCGGGUCACAACCUCUCUCCCAUGAGGUCCUCUGCACAUUCAUGGCCGAGAUAUCUGCUAUAAUCAAUGCAAGGCCCCUUGUUCCCAUCUCCACUGACCCAGACUCACCUCUAAUACUUACCCCAGCUAUGUUACUUACACAAAAAGUUGGAGUACCUCCUCCUCCAGGAAACUUCUUAGAAGGCAACCUCUUCAGGCAGCAAUGGAGACAGGUGCAGAGCCUAGCUGAUAAGUUCUGGUACCGCUGGAGAAAGGAAUACCUUCCGACUCUGCAGACCCGUCGCAAAUGGAAAGAAAUGCAGCCCGACAUCCAAGAAGGAGACCUUGUUCUGUUGAGAGACACUCAAGCAGCACAUAAUGAGUGGCCAAUGGCACUUGUCUCCAGUGUGUUCCCUAGUGCAGAUGGAAAGAUACGCAAAAUACAAGUCAAAGUCAGCAAGGAAGGAACAAGCAAAAUGUUCCUCAGGCCCAUUACUGAAGUCAUUCUUCUCUUGCCUAAAAAAGAUCAAGGUGGACGUUAGUUAUGACAUCUUACAGAUGCCAGGCGGGGAGUGUUCUGCCCCCAGCUCAUUGUGUGUGCAUUUGGCUGAGUGUGUUUUAGCCCCCCCUAGUGGCAUCAUAGCAGGUUGCUUGUCUGACAUCACAGCAGUGAACAGGAAGUGAAGGCAUGUUUGUCCUGUAAAGUUAGAGCUGUUCAUCUAUUGCCAUCGUUAGUCAAAGUUUGUGAAAGCAUCGUCUUUUCACUCCUUAUUCAUUAAUGCAUUAGCAACGGCAUCUUAUUAAAGAAGACGACUAAGAUGAUUCCUGACUCUUCGCAUUUAUUGGAUGGAGUUUGGCUUGCUGUUAAGUUGUGUCAGGACACACAAUAAGAACAGCUGGGUGGUUUUGAGUCCCUGUCUGUGUGCUGCACUAUGCGGGUGGUUUUGAGUCCCUGUCUGUGUGCUGCACUAUGUGGGUGGUUUCGGUGAUUUUCGGGUUUCUAACAUUCCUUCUCAGUCUUGCAUUCCUUACUUCCUGCUUCUCUCGCUAAUUAAUGUUGUAUAGCACUAUACUUACUAGCAACCACUAAUAUAGAUAUUGUACAGUAUCAUUGAUCAUUAUUCAGAGCCGAGUUACCAGUUCGCCUGUUUAUUUAAAUUCUCUUCGACAACCCUUUGCCUGAUUCCGGGUUUUCCUAGUCGCUUUGUUUUGUUUACCCUUCUGAUUAUUUGGUUUUGAUUUUGAUUCUCCUGCCUUUUUUUGACGUUGAUUUUGCCUUACCCUUAUGUACCUUUGCCUUCUGAUACCCCUGCUUGUUUUUUCGACUUUCCUUUUGCAUCUCGUUUUGGCUUUGUUGUCUCCUGAUCUCUCGGCUUUGGACUUGGACUGAAAUAAAACUAUGUUUUUGAAUAUAUCUGGUCUGCGUUUGGGUCUUCAGUACUGUAAAUAACACUAAAGCUGAAGUGAACAGCAGUUCACAUUGUAGAUUGAAACACAAAUAUAUGUCCUGUAUUUUUUUCAUUGCUGUUGAGAAACAGCUGAUUGAAGUUUGGCAAAUAGAUUAAUCAGCUGAUUCCCAUCUAGGAAACACACUCAGGUGUUGAGGUUCUUUCAAUCACAUGACCAUAUAGUAUCAAAAGAGGACCUCUUUGGGCUGGUCUUGUGUGGACAGAGAAAAAUAUAGUGCAACAGAAAGAGAGAAAGAAGAAUGGCUGGAUGAGGGAGAGGAAGACAGUGCCAGGACUAGGGAGAGGAGAUGGACAAGGACUAGGGAGAGGGAGAGGAUUUAGAAUGUGUGGUGCUGCUCAAAGAGGGGCCAGAGCUAAGGUAACAGAUGAGAUAAGAGCUACCAUCAUAGACCGUGUCAUUAACCAGAGGCUGGGGAACGAGUACAGCCUCUCAGCCGGGACACAGUGGCAUCCAUUGUCCAGAUUGUUUUGAGAAACCAACAGGUAGGGUAUCGUAUAAGGGCUGCUCCGACUGCACAGAGUAAAUAAUCUUUCCAUGUAUUACAGUAACUGUAUGCCUCCAGUCCCUAAUAUGUAGCUGUAUUUUGUUCCUCUAAGGAUUCAAUGUCUACCCCCCUCAGGGGGCAGAGGAAAACUCCUAAAUAAAUAACAGGGGCUUGCUAUAGUCAACAUGGUGAUUGCUGACAAUGAGAUAAAACUGAAGGAAAUUCAGGCCAGAGUUGUAGAGGACAACCUUGUCUUUGGGAAUAUUGAUGGAAUCAGCAUAACAGCUAUUUCUUGGACACACAGAGUCUGAAUGAAACAACUGUAUAAAUGUUCUUUUGAAAGGAACAGUGAGGUUACCCAGUGCAGUGAUUACUGUACUAUACGUAGUGUGUACUGCAGUAAAAUACUCUAUAGACCUGGGGUACAGUAGGUAUACAGCAAAGCAUUUACACACACUGUGUUUGAUUACUUUCACAGAGUCAUGGAGUUGGAGGCCAAUCAAGCCCCACACAACAUGAUCUACAUUGACGAGGCUGGCUUCAACUUGGUGAAAAGGCAUCGCCGGGAAAGAAACAUAAUUGGCAAAAACCACUUGGGGGACCACUUGCCAAUAUAUAUGAUCACAUGGGACAAUGUGGCAUUCCACCACUCCCGUGCAGUCACAGCCUGGUUUGACGCCCAUCCAAGGAUGCUGUCCCUUUACCUCACCCCUUACUCCUCUUUCCUCAACCCCACUGAGGAGAUUUUUUCUGCCUGGAGAUCGAAGGUUUUCAAUCAUCUUCCACACGACCAAAUGUCCCUCCUGGAUGCAAUAGAUGCUGCAUGCCAAUACAUCACAGCUGAACACUGCCAGGGGUGGAUAAGGCAUGCCAAAAGAUUCUUUCCAAGGUACCUUGCCAGAGAAGAUAUAAGGUGUGAUGUGGAUGAGAACAUGUGGCCAAAUGCAGAAGAUUAGAAGAUAAAUUUGUAUGUUUCUUUUUUAUUUCUUCUGUACCUUUUUCUGUUUGUAUAUUUUGUAUUUUCACACAAUGGUGACCAGCGGCUAAAUUGCAUAUUUUUGUUC